UUGGGCUGUGAGGGUUUUAUCAGCUCAUCUAUGGGGAAGGAGAAAACAUCUCUGAGAAGUGUUCUAUCUGGGAAAGAGUAUUAUUUGCUUCUCUCAAACUUUUCUAUCUUUAUUGCUUCCCAUAGGUUUGCAACAACGGUAAAGGAGGAUAUUGUAAAUGACAAUGAAGAUUCUGAGCCAUCAGUGCCUGAGCAAAAUGCCAUGAUUCCAAUGCAUGAGCAAAAUUAUUAAAUGAGCAAAAUUAAUUAGGAUCACAAAGUGCAAUUUUAGUAAUUUAGACAAUUCAGUCCUUUUCCUUUCCUUUUUAUUUCUACAUCUGUUAAAACCUCUGCAUCUGAAAGGAAUACAAAGAGAAUUCUCCUCAGUGACAAUUUCUUACAAUUAGCAAAUAUUUGGCUUAUAAAAGUCUGUUUAGACUGGAUUGCUGGAAGUCAGUGGUUGCAAUCCCAUCAUGAAGUGGAACAUGCGUCAGCAUGUGUCUUACUAUCAGCUAUGGAAGAGAAUUAUGUGGCCUUCAGAUUGCUUCUUUGCUUUCAAGUUGUGCCUAUCAGUCCACUUGCUGAAAGUUGUUCAUGCAUGUCUUCCUUUUCUUAUCUAAUAAUAACACCCUCCACAGUUUUAAACUUCUAUAUGCAUAUUUACAGGGUUCUUUGAAACUUCUGUGGUUUUAAAAAAUAUUUGCAGUAAAUGCAGGUAAGAAUAUUUUUUUUAAAAAAUAAAAGGACUUCAGAGCAAACGUGUAGUACUGACUUUAAAGAUAGGUACCAUAUGGCUUAUCUUUAUACACUUGGGUAGCUGGUGAUCACAGAAUCACAGGGUAGAUAAGCAACUCUGUGCUGAAAGCUCACAAGAUUUGUGUUCCAGCUGUGACUCUGAGUAAGUGAUAGAUAUAUAUAUAUAUAUAUACACACAUCUAGAGAGAGAGAUAUAUCAGACAGAAAAAUAAUCAGAAAUGUGGAACUACUGGAGGAGAGCCAAACCACAGUGUAGGCAAGAAUUCCAUGUCCAUACUAUGACAAUGAACUGACAUGAAGGUGAAUAAUCAUAAAGGAAGGUAGAUGAUUAACUUGUUAAAAAUAAGGACUCUAAAAUUAAGUGAGACCCAUAGCCCAAAAUGGUCAAAAAGUACUUUGGGUAUGAAUAUGGAUAAGUAGAUGAAUCAGUAUAAGAGAACAGCUUCAAGCAACCAUUCUUCAAGGAAAUAACUCUCAGGAUUGUAUUUCUCCAUCUCUGUCUUGAUUUACCAGCUUGAGCCUUUCAGCAAUGGAUCACGAAGGACCACCAGCAGAUGCUAAAGGAACUGAUGGGAAUAUACAAACAGAAGAAACUGCUCUCUUGAACCACUGUGCUCAGCAACCUCCGGAACCGACAGCAGGGUCUUCAAUACCUGCAAGAACACGGAGGCGAUUGUUUACUUGUCCUCCUCAAGGUUUACUGGCCCAAACAGUGACAAAUGUUGCGGUCGUGGUCCUGGUUUGGGCUGUGGUUUGGUCCAUCACUGGGACUGAGUGUCUCCCAGGUGGAAAUCUGUUCGGAAUUCUGUUUCUUUAUUUUUUUGCUGUUAUUGGAGGUAAAAUUUUUGGAUUAAUUAAAAUACGAGCAUUACCCCCUCUCCCUGCUCUUCUGGGGAUGCUACUUGCUGGCUUCCUCAUCCGAAAUACCCCGUUCAUUAGUGACAUGGUCCAGAUAAACCUACGCUGGUCUGCAGCACUGAGGAAUAUUGCUCUUUCAAUUAUCCUGACCCGAGCAGGACUUGGCCUGGAUCCAAAGGCCCUUAAGAAGCUCAAAGCGGUCUGUUUACGGCUUUCUUUCGGACCGUGCCUCUCAGAAACGUGCACAGCAGCUGUUCUUGCCCACUUGCUCCUGCAUUUGCCAUGGCAAUGGGGAUUUAUAUUAGGUUUUGUUCUAGGUGCAGUCUCCCCUGCUGUGGUGGUUCCUUCAAUGCUGAUUUUACAAGCUGGGGAAUAUGGGGUGGAGAAAGGUGUCCCAACUUUGCUAAUGGCAGCUGGCAGCAUUGAUGACAUUUUGGCUAUCACAGGCUUCAACACUUGCCUUGGGAUGGCUUUCUCUUCUGGCUCUACUCUGUACAACGUGCUCCGUGGCGUGCUGGAGGUUGCUGUUGGCAUAGCAGCUGGGGGGAUUCUGGGAAUGUUUGUUCGAUAUUUCCCAAGCCAUGAUCAGGCAUCUCUGGCGUGGAAGAGAUCAUAUUUUGUACUUGGGCUAUCCAUGUUCGCUGUUUUUGGCAGCAUCUACUUUGGCUUCCCUGGAUCAGGAGGGCUCUGCACCUUAGUCUUAGCUUUUGUUGCAGGUGUGGGAUGGUCUGAUGAAAAGAGGGAAGUAGAAAAAAUAGUGGCAGUUGCAUGGAAUAUCUUUCAACCUUUUCUUUUUGGUUUAAUUGGAGCAGAAGUAGCUGUUACUUCUCUUAGGCCUGAAACUGUGGGGCUUUGUGUUGCUACAUUAGGCAUUGCCCUAGUUGUGAGAAUCAUAGCAACGUUCCUGAUGGUGUGUUUUGCUGGGUUUAAUUUCAAGGAGAAAGUAUUUGUCUCAUUGGCAUGGAUUCCCAAAGCUACUGUCCAGGCUGCAAUAGGUUCCCUUGCCCUGGAUACAGCAAGAAGUCAUCAGGAUGAGCAACUGGAAAAAGCUCUCUUAGCUCAGGAAUCUGCAACCAGUUUCUACAAUACACAGAGAAAGAGCAUCAUGAGAUCAGUCAUGAGGUGUCAUGAGGUAUCAUGAGUACACCCUGUCUACAGGAAUCCAAAUGCACUUGCUGACCUUAUGUGAAGGACUUGGAACAUACUGAAGAAGAGAGGAAAAAUAAUUGGUUACUGAAAAAAAUUUCCAAAUUGAGUAUCUAACCUGACUGUUGUCAAAGAGGUGGAUCACUACAAAGUUACUCUGAACUUCAAGGUAGACCAGAUGUUCCAACAGGUAAACCAUAACAAGAAGGAGGGUACCUAUCAAGUGUGUCAUGAAUACAACUGGGUUGAGGUUGACACACAAAAUGUCUCAAAUCAGAAUUAAGUGUAAUUAAAAGAGAUGGGCAAAUAAACCGCAAGUGGUAUCUCAAUACAGCCUGAAACUCCCUUAUAUGAGAUCAAAAUUGCAACAGUAGUCAUGUCUAUGGGGGACUCAUAACCCUAUGGGUUCAUCCAAACCAAACAGGAACACAGUAGCUGUAACCUUUGAGCAAGGAAAUUAGAAACAAACAGGAAUAGGAAGAAGAAGGAUAUUGUUUUCCAUGGUUAUUAUUUAAUAUUUGUAUCAUGCUAACUGGUGAUGAAGAUUUUUGUCCUUACUAGCCAAUGAUUUCUUAAUGUAUUUCUAAUCUGGGAGCCUCUGGGAAGCUCCGAAAUACAUGAAUGUGCACAUUAAUUAUAAACCGACUUGCUAAAGCCAAAAGACUGCCAGAAGCUCAUCCUUUUAAAUUUAAAAAUCAGAAUGACUGUACUUCUAGGGCAUGAGAGACAAUACUGUCACAAGGUAGAAAAAGUAACAUAUCUUUGGACUUGGUGGGCAGGGAUGGGAGAAAAGCUUUACACAAACUAAUGCAAUGAUAUCUCCUACAACUGUGUUUCUGAAGCAUAUUUACAGCAAUUCACAAGACUGUUUAUUUGCACAGCUGAUAACUGAGAAUUCAGCAAUUACAGUGAUCCUGGAGAUUCUUUAUUAGUCCUGCUGCAUGGGAAGAGGCAGUCUCUAGAGACAGAAAUGGAGAGUAUCAGAAGAGGUUAGUCUUCAAACUUGACUUGUGUUAAGACACAGGUCAAUCCCAAAGGCAAGUCCUGGAAAGUAUCAGGAACAUGACUGAAAUAGGAAUGCCCAGAGAAUUCUAGGAAGUCGAGGCCACAGACCAUAGGCCACAGUUACAUUUCUGAGGAGAGGUUGUCUUAACUUUUAGUUCCACAGUAACAAGUCCAUAAAAAAAAGAAAAACACACACUGUGAACAGAAAGGGACUGGCCAGUCACUGGGAGUUAGAUCAAAGCAAGCGAUCCCCAAUUGUCUUUCCCCAUCUACUCCUUUGAUAUCUUUCAAUUUUAUUUGUUUUAGCUACUUUCUAUGGAAAUGACCCCACGCAGACCCAAAAGCAGCUUCUUACAGUAGUAACAGCUCAACUGGAAGCCAAAAUUUGAACAAGUAUCAGCUACCAGUCAAAAUGAAGGUUAGAACUGUGAUUGUAUUCUCAAAACUGAUGAAAUUCUUCAUGCACAUUCCAAUUACCCACUCAAUUACGUUCUCUUAAAAACUAAUAAGCAGUUUUAUCCUGUUUUCAGUUGCUUGCUUGGGUUUCUUAAGGGUGUUCUCAUUGCUACACAAACUAAACACAAAGGACUCUACACACCAUUGUAAUAUGCCUAUUAGUUUAUUCAGCAGGUAUGAGAGUAGAGAGGUGACAGUCCUUUUAGCAAUAUAGCACACUUAAUAAAUUAGAAGCCAAAGCUACGGGUAGGUUAGCAAACCACUCUGCAAGUGACAAAUUCAUAGUUCAAAUGGGUUCUGUUAUGAUGGUAUCACACUUCUUUCCCUCAGCACUGUGAAAGAUGAUCCACAAAACUGUUCUCUUCCUGCCUGGCAGCUUCUUAGAAUAAAGUCCCUCUUAACAUGUAGGCCAAGUGUAAGAGAGCCCACACAGAACUCUGUCACGUUUAUGGAAAGAAGCCUAGCACCUAGAUUCUUAUAUAAGCCUUGAAAUUCUGACCACAUGCUAUUUUGAGGUGAAUGUCUCUGCUGUUUUUAUAACAUGUACUAGGAUAAAAAAGCAACAUCAGCAUGAGACAACACUGCUCAUUUCAGUGAACUCGACAAGGGAAGGGUAAAGCAGCUAUGACAAGGAACUGAAAGAGGCUUCUGAGCACCAGUAGUGCAAAAAUUCAGAUAUCCCCUUUCAAACCCAAGGUCAAACGUUCCUUCCUUCCUCCCUCAUCGCUUUCACCUCCAGGAAUUUUGCACUAGAUGUUAACAGCCUUCCUCUCUCCAAGCAAGCAGUUUUGCACCGUGAUUUGGUGAGGUCACAACAGACAACAGGUCGUCUCAAGAUUUUUAACCAGCACUCUAUGCAACAUCCUACGCAACAGGAUCCUUCCUAUACUUUUAGUCUGUUGUUUCUACACCUGAUGCACUACAGAAACUAAAGCUGCAUUUGCCUGGAGGCCAAUGAAGAUUUACUGAAGCAAUAAGAGAGCUAACAAUUGAAGGACUGCACUGUUCCAAAUCUGGGUCCUGGCCUGCCUUCACAAAUAAGGUCUAUGCUAGCAAGUGUUGGUCCUUGACUAACUUCAGUAGAUGCCACCAAAGGACAAAUCCUAGUGCACUUUAAAUGUUUUAAGAUCAAUAUUAUUUCUCACCUUCAAAAAAAAAAACAAACAAAAAAAAAGCAUUUGGCACGUUUGAUAUGUCAUUUGCCAAAGAAUAUGCUACUCUGUAAUUUGAAAUGGUUCUAAACACAAAAAAAAUCAAUGAAUAUUAACUUCUCUAUUGUCUACUAGUCUUUCUCUAACACUAAUUCAAUAGAUAUGAUCCUGUAAGUGUAGCAUUCCAUCCGGGACAGUAAGCUCCUGCUGCAAAACAACACCCAGAAUUGGAAAUUACCUGCUCUUGGAGACAUACGAUGUUAGGACAGGUCAGACUAAAACCACAACAACAAUACAGAAGAGGCAGCACUUGCUAAAGCAAUCCAGUUUUCUGAGAUGAAACUUUAGAUUGACAGCAGCUCUGAAUACAGAGACGUACAAGACUCUUCAAUGAGCAGUGAGGUUUCAAUUACUUUCAAUAACUUUUAAACACUAAGAGGGGAUGACUUUUUAAUUUAGGUUCCUAGGAUGUGGCAUCCUAUGAUUUCCUUUUGAAAAGCCUCACCAUAUUGCAUUUACCCUACUUUAAGCACCACUUUUGCUGGUUUUUCCUGUAUUCAUUCAUAUCCUCCCUAAGAGGAAGAUAUACAAGCAUGACAGCAGAUACUAGUCUAGUCUAGCUGACUGUUGAAAAAAAAUGAAAAAAAGUAUAAAAUGUUGUCUCUAUAGCUAUGUAUUUUUAAUUAUACCUCCGUUGCCCUUUCUAGAGAGUUUAACACAAGACCAGUCAAAGAAAUCACUAAGAACAAGUGGCAGUGGAUUUUUUUUCAGGUAUGCUCAUUAAAUCCUAC